AUGUGGAGACGUACUUAUUUGCUCCUGUUGGUGAUCCGUGUUUACUUUGCGUUUUCGCCAAGCUAUCUACACCCCGAUGAGAAUUUCCAGGGCCCAGAGAUCUUUGCCGGCGAAGUGUUCGCAUACCCAUCGAAGCGACCAUGGGAGUUUACCGCCGAUCAUCCCAUCAGGAGCGUCUUCCCCCUAUGGCCGAUUUACGAGGUUCCCAUGAGCCUAAUGCAAUGGUUUUACUCGGAAACAAAUCGAGGGAGCCCUCCGCCAGCACUAGUCUACUAUGUCUUACGUGGUGUGAUGUUCCUGCUGAGUUUUGUGCUUGAAGACUGGGCUGUCUAUGAGUUGGUGCCCUCCCCGCAACACCGCCGUGCCACAGUUGUCCUUGUGGCCUCGUCGUAUGUCACCUGGACAUAUCAGACGCACACCUUUUCCAACUCCCUGGAAACCCUGUUGGUCGCUUGGGGCCUCGUAUUGAUUCGCCGUCUUCUGGAGAACAAGCAACGCUCGUCAUGGUUUUCGUAUGCGGUCUUCUCUUUUAUCACAGUGGCGGGCGUGUUUAAUCGCAUCACUUUCCCUGCCUUUCUGCUGGUGCCUGGUGUGCAAUUAUUGCCCUACUUUAAGCGCAAACCAAGCUCACUUGUCGCUAUCAUUGGAUUCGGAGCCAUUUUUGCAUCAUUCGCGAUUAUCAACGACACUCUCUUCUACCGGUCGUCCGCGUCCUUCCUCUCGAGUAUCCGUCAUCCGGUCAUCACUCCAUUGAACAACCUUCUUUACAACUCCGAUACCUCCAAUCUGGCUACCCACGGUCUCCAUCCGCGGUACCAACACUUUGCGGCCAAUCUCACGCAACUCCUUGGGCCGGCGUACAUCGUCAUGAUUUUCUCCGUCUUCCGCAAGCCAUCCAUCCCAACUUGGCUGCGCAAUGCGCGGGCCACGUCUGCCCUCUCCGCCACCCUUCUGCUCUCCAUUUUCCCCCACCAGGAGCCGCGUUUCCUGAUCCCAUGUGUCCCUCUCAUCCUCAGCUGUAUCCGCAUCCGGCGCUCGCGCAUAUUUCUUGCAGUGUGGGUCGUCUUCAACGUGGCCAUGGGCUUUCUCAUGGGUGUCUACCACCAAGGCGGCGUCGUCCCCGCCCAGCUGGCCAUGCGCAACAUUAUCUCCACGAACACCGCCGCGCAGGGCAUCAAGACCAACCCAGUGACCUCGGUAUUCUGGUGGAAGACGUACUCGCCGCCUCACUGGCUUCUCGGCGCCGAUAACAGCUCCAUACCCGCGAUCCGCACCAUCGACCUGAUGGGCAUUCCAGGCGUGGAUCUCAUUCAGCGACUCGACGAGUCGGUCCCCUCUUGCGGCACCGUAUCCCCCGUGUAUCUUGUCGCGCCCACGUCCGCGACCUUUUUGGAUCCGUACAUUGCGACGGGGACUCCGCGUACGCCCGACCUCCAACUCUACCGCCUGUGGAGCUACCGCAAACAUAUCAACUUGGAUGAUCUGGACUUUGGUGACGACGGAGUGGUCCCGACAUUGAAACGGGUCGUCGGGCGACGGGGGUUGGGGGUUUGGUCCGUCCGUCGCACUUGCAAAUAA